AUGGCAGACGAUACCCGACAGACGCCUUCCCAAAGCCCCGGCGCAAUCCAAGAGGACCUCUCCCGUGAAGCCCUCACCGUCCACCCCGAACACAAACCUUUCUCCGGCACGCAAUGGCAAAACGGCAAACAAAUCCCCUACAAGCCUGAUCAAAACGCGAAUCUAUUGGGUGGAGGGACAGAAAAUACAGCAGGAGGGAAAGCGCCAGAUGUGACGUUGAGUAAUGCCUUUCAAAACGGGAUCCAGAGGAAAGAUUUCGUGGAUCUGCCCACCCGGCCUUGUGUGAGGGACGCGUUGUUGACAGGCAUCGGGGGUGGUUUCGCGCUCGGAGGUAUUCGUGCUAUCUUCGGUGCCGCAGUCUGGACAUCAUGCUCCUGGGCCGUAGGCUCCUUCUGCUUCUCCGCACCUCUGAUGUACCAAUACUGUCACUACAGACGAACCGCGGAAAAAGAAGGCAUGAUGCGAGCUGUCGAAAUCUUGAAUAAGAAGGAAGUUGAGCGCAAGGCAAGGGAGGCUAGGAAGGAGAAGGUGAGGGAGGAGAGGAGGCUGGCGAAGGAUAGAGAGCAGGAUACGCAAUUAGCGGCGUUGAGUGAGAAGCAAAGUGGUGGUGGGCAGCCUUGGUGGAAAGUUUGGUGA